AUGAAUAUCGGAAACGGCGAAAGCACAACAGUUGAUGAUGCUCAACACGUUUAUGUAUUAUUGAAUGAUUUUGUUCGUGAAUAUAAGUCGUUAUACACAAUCAGACAUUGCAGCAGCAACGUACAUACGAUGCAACAUGCACAUUUGUCGUUAAAAAGCGCUGGGCCAUUCUACUUGUAUUCAACAUUCUUUUUUGAAAAUGUCAAUCGUGUUCUUAAAUCAUUGGCUCAUGGGACGAUCGACCAUAACAAACAAUUAAUAUCACAUUUAGAGUCAUUUCGCGUCGCUCUGAUUCAUUACGAAUCUUCAUCAUAUCCUAAUAUAUUAGCCAAUUAUUGCAAUGAAUUGAUUGGAGAAAAAAAGCAACGUAAAAGCACUAGCCAUUUUCAUUUGACAAGAACUGUCAAAUCCUACGAGCAAUAUAAUAAAUUUUUCUCUGGAAUUCCAAAUUUAAACUAUGUCGAUUAUUAUGAUUCUGUCAUCUAUAACAAUUUGCAUUAUGAAACACACUCGAUGCACAGAAAAACAACUGAUGAUUCAUGCGUCAUGUUCAAACAAAUGAAUUCUGAACAAUUGUAUUUGGGUUUCAUAGCGGCAAUAAUCACCGUGAACCAAGAUAAACAAGCAUUUUAUUUCUUAAUAAACAAUAUUACUAUUCGCGAUUUGUUUCGAAUUAAAUAUUUAGAUAAUAAUGGUACUAAGCAUCAGAAAAUUGUUAAUAAUGCUUGGAACUGUGAAAUUAAUAAAGAUUUGCUUAUGUUAAUUCGUCCACAAGAUGUGGAACAAAAACUAGUACACAGACUUAUUAGCACAAGACAAGUGCAUGUUUUUAGAUAUCCAAAUUUAUUUCAAUCAAGUUAA